CGGCGGGCAGGCGGGCGGGGAGCGCGGCUCUCGCGAGAGGCGGCGGCGGGCGGGGCCCGGCGGCGCCAAUGGGGCUCGCGCUGGCGGCAGUUUGAAACUCCUCAGCGGCGGGCGCGGCCCGGCCCGGCCCGGCUCGGCUCGGUUUGCCCCGGCUCGGCCCGGCCCGGUUUGACUCAGCGCCGCCUCGGUCCCGCUGCCUCCGCGCUCCGUUUCGCCCGCUCGGAGCCAUGGACGUCACCGGGGGCUUCUUCGGCAAGCUGCGGGACCUGGCGCUCACGGUGGAGAAGGAGGUGACGCAGCUGGAGCGGGCCAUGCGCCGGGAGGACGCGGACUGUGAAGAUGAAUCUCCACUAGUAGUCUUGCAUGACCUCCAUUGCGAAAUCAAGACUCAGAAGGAAGAUGUCGAUGCCAGUCUUGGUAAGAGUUGCUCUGAGAAAAAAGCAAUUAAUGAGUUUAUGAAGGCAAGUGAAAUGUUGAUGCAAAGAAAUGCAGCAGACCUUGGAAAAAUAAGAGAGCUGUUCCAGAAAUACGGCUACAAACCACAUGGCAAAGACUCUACAGAAGAAGAGGAGGAUGACGUGAGCAGUGAAUCAGGCAUGUCUGUCCAGAACAAAUCUGAUGAGGAAAAGGCAAAGGAUGCACCUCAGCUGCCUGUGUCCCCAGAGCAGGCGCCGUUGCCCAAGGACCCGCUGCGUAACCCGCGGCUCUGCGACUUCGGCCUGUCCCAGUACGCCUUCGGCAGGCCCUGCAGCGCGGCGAGAGCGCAGCACGCGGCAGGCCCGCGCCAGCACAGGCCCAGGAACGAGACCCCGCUGAGAGUGCCAACGCCCCGGGCCCUGCCCAAAACACCCAAGUGCAAGCUCAAGAUGGAUGACUACGAGUGUGUGACACCAAAACUGGAACACUUCGGCGUCAGUGAACAUACCAUGUGUAUGAAUGAAGAUUAUACCAUGUCGCUUAUUCAAAAAACUUCACAGACAAUCAAAAAGUUGGUUAAAAGAGGAGAGGAUGACAGAGGGGAUUUGCCAGAAAUGAGAAUCAAGGAAAUCAUGGUUACUCCUGCAUCAAAAUCAAGUAAGAGAGGUGAAAAUGCAGCAGCUGACUGGAUGGCCUCUCCUAUGGUAUUUGUGUUCUGCACUCCUGAUGUGAAGGUCUCUUCCAAAACAAAUAAUACAGUACUAUCAAGGUCACCAGAGACCAAGGAACUGCCUCUUCCCAGUCAUACAGCAACACCACAGUGCCCAGAUUUUCAAACAAGAUGGCUAAAAGCAGAAGCUAAGCAGCAGGUAACACAAGGGGAGAAGACUGAGUCAGUGACAAAGAAGGAUGCAAAAGAGACACCAUACAAAGAAGAAAGGAUUCCUUUUGCUUCAAGCUCUGAUGAGUAUCUUAAACAUUGUGGGGACCCUUCCCCUCCCCAACUGGAACACUAUGACCAAUUACUCAAUACUCCUCCACCUCCAGAAAUAACAAGGAUACCAGAUAAUGUUCUCAAGAUGCUUUCCCAAUAUAAUCAUAAGGUAGACUCUUCUAAAGCCAAGGAAAUGGAGACCAAGGCAGGAAAUACUACAAGAUAUGAAAGUAAUUGCACUGAUUACCGCAACAAAGAGAACAGAGGAUAUCGUGGAGUUUUCAAGACAAACAUCUGAAAUCAAACUGAAGACCAUACUGAAACUUUCACAUUUGUGGAUCUUAGCACCAAAUCGUAACAAGUUCAAAGAGCAAAUGGAAGCAAAAAAGGUGGUAAGAAAGAGCCAUACUGAGAAAAGGCUUUUUUAAUGGAGAAAAAUUCCUUAUCCAUGAUGUGGAUAAACUUGUUUGAACCAACAGCUUGUGCUUAAUUUUCCAUUGACAUUGUUGGCAAAACAUAUUGAGGGGUUUUAAAUAUACUGCACUUCAAAGAGGAAUGGAGAUCCAUGAACAGGGUGGUACUUCAGUUGUUUGUUGCGUAGGACUGCAUUUGCAGUAGGCUGUAGAGAGUGCAGUUAGGCUGUAAUAAAAGGAAAGUCCAGCAUAUUGCUUUAAAAAGUGGAUCUCUCUGGCUGUUCUGGUAACCCUACACCAUUUCAGGGCUGAGGCUGAAGUCUGGUACUUCAACACUAUUUGGUAUCUUCAACAGAAACAAGUAAAUUUUUUGUAUUGAAAGUGUAAAUCCUGCUUUACUGUUUAAAGCACUUGUGUGCUUUCAGUCCUUUCUGCAGUGCUAAGAUGUAUCUGACACAUUCCUGCAUCAGACUGGCAGACAGGCAUUUCCCAUGCAGGUUCUUCCUUUAUUCAUCAACAUAGUAUCGGGUGCUAUGCAUCUGUUUCUUUGUAGCCAUGGAAGGUGACUCUGGCUCUACUGUGAAUCAUUUGAAAAUGUGCCAUUGUUACUGGUCUUGUGUGUGUCCUCAGCUCCUUGGAAGAAUUUGUCUGCAGGCCUGUAGGUGAUUGCUUCCUCUCCUGUGUGUGCUCUUCAGUGAUGGUGUCACCUCUAAAUGUGCACCUCUAACCCUGUAGUAGCUGACCAAGCUGAAGCUCUCAGAGCUGUUUGGCACUCUUGGUGGUCAUAGUGAUUAGGAGUUUUUUUCUACCAGCACUUUUACUGUUUUCUACUAGAAAACUCAGCUCCAUACCCUUGUUUGGAGCCAGUUUGCUGCUUCCAGUGUCAGCUCUUCCUCUAAGUGACUCCGGGACUGUUCUUACCAUUUGUCUUCCAGCUGAUGACUGAAAUUCUGUCAUUUUUCUGAGGGCAAACAUGCAACACAUGAGCAGGGAGAGACUGUCCCAGGAGAUGGGGAUAAGUGGAUGUUUUUCUGAACUCAGCUCCAUAUUUUUUUUAAGUCUGCAGGAUAUGCAAACAUUUAGAGAUGCCCACAAGUAUUUCUUCAUUUGCUUAGACUUGUCCUGGUUGAAACUUAACAAAUAAAGGUGCCUUUUUCCUCUUAUCACAGUAAUUUUCAGGAUCAGAUUACGUCAAAUUAAUUGUUUUGACCCAAGCACACUGUCAUUGAAAAUGCUAGUUUUUGUUUAAAAGUAUGUAUGUAUUAAUGUGUCAGUCUGUGAGCUUAAUUAAGACUUUUGAAUACUAAAUAAAUCUGUCUCAAAUGCUUGGUGUUUGCUAUAAGAACACUUACUUGUUCCACCCAUCCUCUUCAGAGAGUGAAGGCCACACUUGCUUCCAGCUGUUUCACAGAUUAAAACCUGGUGGGGUCAAUGCUGGUUCUGGAAUUUCAUGGCAUUGGAAAGGUAGAAAAUAUUCUUGCUGCAGAGCAAGAGGAUUUCAACCAGAUAUUUACCAGCACUAAGUAGGAGGGAUUUCAAGGCCUGCAUUCUCUUUCUUGUCCUGAAGCAAGCCAGAGAGAUCCUUCAACAUGAAAUGGAACAAGCAGCACUACUGUCCCAGACAUUGCUGUAUUUUCCCCCUGCCUUCAACUAAUGAAAUUCACAAAAAGGCUUAGACUUCUCUAACCCUUUUUGUGAAUAACUCAGCACUGCACUGUGCUCUUCUCCAUUAGGGAACUGUGGAGCUGUACCUUGCAGUGCUGGGGUUCUCACUGCAAGGCACUUGCAUAAUUUUGCUUGCCUAUUAAUUUCUGCUAUGUAUUAUUAACCGAUGAUUUUCUUCAGUAUGACAACUGAAACUUUAAAAUCUUCUGGUCUACUCAAGCUGUUGUGACAUGAUACAGGAAUGAGACUUUUUGGAACCAAGAAAUGAAGUUGUGUGUGUUGGUUUUGUUUUCCUUGCCUGCAAUAUUACUGUAAUAUGCAUAAUAUUGUUGUUUGUAUUUGUAUUCUUUUUUAUAGGCGAAGCAUUGCUCUGAGGUAGAUAAAAUCAUGGCAGCAAAACAAAAACUAGUUUUAUUUUGCCAUCUUCAUCUUUGAAAUUCUUUUAUGUUUCAGGAUGUCCUAAA